AUCUACUAUGUGUAGUAGUAGUAAGGAAUGGCAAGAAGAGGUAGAACACCUGUCGUAUCGGACUAUGUUGAUAUAGAAAACGGUAUCAUACAUGGCGUACUCAAGCAAGUGCGGGCUCAAGAUCUGGACUCGUUUAGGAGUAAGACUGCUUCUUUAGUAGAAGUAUGGUGCUGUGAGAUCAUCCCAACUCAAGCUCAACUCUUGGCUAAUGUCAUACGAGAUCAUAUAAAUAGUAAUGAUGAGGUAAGCUUGAUCCAUCUAAAGCGAUUUCUUAAAGAGGAAAGAUCAGAUGUCACGGUUUUAAAAGCUGUUUUGUGUUCCACCACGUUUUUAGAGACAGAGGAAGCUGUUAUGACAUUUAUUGCAGCACAUACCAAUAUUGAUAUAAAAUGUCUAUAUACUAUAGAGGUGCCAAAAUAUCCCGCAAGAACAAAGGAAAUCUCAGACUUAUGGUCGGAUACAUAUUGGCCGAUGUCUUGGAAAGGAAAUCCAAAUCAUCAAUUCUUAAAUUCCGUCACAUUCAAUAUGGAUUUUGAAAAAAGCAUAGUCAAUAAGUUAAUUGAAAAAUAUAAACAGUCACUAACAUAUCCAUGCCUGGUGACAAUAAUAGCAAAAGAAACCGAAAAUAAUGAAGGCGAAAUUCUUGCAAUCACUCGAAGCACAGACUGCACUAAUCCGUAUAAUCAUAGUGUUAUGCAAGCUAUUGACUUCAUAUCUGAAUCAGAGAAACAACGAAGAAAAUUGGCCACUGGUAAACACAAGGAACCAUCCAACUAUUUAUGUCACAAUUUAUGGUUUUAUGUAACCCACGAACCAUGUGUGAUGUGCUGUAUGGCCUUGGUACAUUCAAGAAUUGGACGAAUAAUAUAUCUCAAAGAAUCUCCUCAGUCAGGAGGUCUAGAAUCCAAUUAUCAGUUAGGUGAUAGGGAUGGACUUAAUUGGAAAUUUGAUAUAUGGAAAUGGAUAGAUCAGAAAGACAUAGAUACACUCGACUCUUUGGGCAAGAAUCUACAAGUCGAACACAAUGUCAAUUACUAAUACAGA